CAUUCUAAAGCCCUGCGCUUCCUUCUUGUGCCUCCCCGUCCCUGUCAGCCGCUGGCGUUUGGCAGAGUCUUUAAAAAACAUCAGUUUGAACUGAAGAAAGUAGAAGAGGUGCCAUAAGGAAACGGAUAUUUUCUGCCGGCUGGUUGACACCAAAUUCAAGAGAGUUUUCUUGCUAGUGAGCAUGCAUGCAACCUGACUAUUUCUACAUGACUGUGUGGGGCAAUAUACGGAAUGAAGUCAUGUCAUCCACAGGCAAUGACUCUGAUAUUGAAGAAUUUUUGGUCAACAUUAACCUUGCACAUUAUCUUCCUAACUUUAAAAAAUAUGGCUAUAACACUGUGACAGAUUGCAUGGGAAUCAAUAACAAUGUGCUUCAGCAAAUGGGAGUGUUGCCUACAGGACACCGCAGAAGGAUUCUUAAACAGUUAGACAGUCUUUUGGAAAUUCAAGGAAAUUCUCUUUUCCGUGAAAAUUUAAAAUUCAAAGACUUGAAAGGUUUGGAAGAGAAGCAAUAUUCAUCCUCAGAUCAGGAGUCUCCUGUAAGCAAUUCAAUUGUAGAUCGGACUGGCUUGAUACCUGUAACAUCAUCAGAACAACUUCUUAAAAAAUCUUGUGUCAAUAAGGAAAAGCUUGAACUUGCAGAGGAAGACUCAAUGGAGGCAAACGAUGAUAGCUUUACAAAUUUGGAUUUUUCUAGUUUAUACCAGAAUUCAGACAGCAUACUAAAUGCUGUCAGUCAAAAUAGAAAUACCAACACGAAUACUCAGCAAGAUGCAUUACUGACAGAAGCUGCUACAUGCCAAGCUGAUGAGCACUUGACUGGCUCUUUGGUGUUCCGUGAUCCUCCUUCAUUUGUUCGUUCAUGUGAGACAAAAUGCAAGGAGAACAAACAGCAGAGGUUUGUAGAUGAGGGUGAUUUAUCUGAUAGUAAACCAGAUUCUCCAUUCUAUAAGUUUAAAGGAGAAAUGGUAGACAAUGACUUAUAUGAUUCUUGUACGCUGAACUGCAUGAAAGUAUUUCCAAGAGCAAGCCGAUCUUUUAUCUUAAGGCAUCGACCUGUACCAGAGAUUCCUGAACCAAGUAAAGUUCAACCUUCAUCAAGUUCCCUUCAGAGAAGAAGAAACAUGGGCCUUGUAAAUAUUUCUUGCACUGGGAGGCAAAUUUCACAAAACAAUACUUUCGUGGAAGAGAAGCCACCCAUUAUCUCUCCAUAUGGGGAAACCUUUAUUUGUGACAAUGCUAAAGAUGCUAAAGAACUUCAUGGAAAUGAAUUCCUGGCUUGUGAAAAUAAAUUGGAUCUAGGAAUGAAUGAAGAAUAUUCUUCUAAGAAUCUAUGUUACUUUAGUAAUCAGAAAGAGAAGACAAAAGAAAUUGCAAAAAAUGAAUCCUUGUCUCAGGAAGACCCAUCAUUAACAGCAGAAGAAUCUGAAAGUGAAUCUGUAUAUUCUACUGUGGAACAACAUUCUUUGUCUUUAAAAAAAAAGAAAAAUAAAACCAAAACACUCUCAGGAUCUUGCAGUAAGAUACAAAGUGGAGAUUCUGAUCGCUUGGCCAGUGAACAAACUAAUUUUUGGCAAUUUGGUGGAGAUCAGACUUUGAUUGGAAAUGACUCAAUAACACCGUAUGCUUGCUUUUAUGGACCGUCAGUAAAGAAGGUUAAAGCAGGAUGGCUGGAUAAAUUAUCCCCUCAAGGCAAACGUGUGUUUCAGAAGCGCUGGGUUAAAUUUGAUGGAGAGAGCAUUUCUUAUUACAACAAUGAAAAGGAAAUGUUCUCGAAAGGAAUAAUACUGCUCUCUGCAAUAGCAACAGUAAGAGUUCACGGGGAGAAUAAGUUUGAAGUUGUCACAUCCCAUAGGACUUUUGUUUUCCGUGUGGAUAAAGAAGAAGAAAGAAAUGACUGGGUUAAUACGAUGCUCAAUGCCUUGAAAUUGAUGCCUGAUAAUAACUCUCAGUCUCGAACUUCUGUCACCCCUGAGAAAAGUGGAUAUCUUGAGCUGAAAGGAUACAAAACCAAAAUCUUUAUUCUACUUCAGGGGAGUACUGUAUGGAUCUGCAAAAAUGAGCAGGACUUUAAGACAGGAUUUGGUAUCACUUUAAUCCCUAUGAAUGUGGCAAAUGUAAAACAAGUGGAUCGGGCUGCAAAGCAAUCUUUUGAAAUAAUAACUCCUUAUAAAAGCUUUAGCUUUACAGCAGAGUCAGAAAGAGAGAAACAAGACUGGAUUGAAGCACUCCAGCAAUCAAUAGCAGAAACUCUAUCUGAUUAUGAAGUAGCUGAGAAGAUUUGGUUCAAUGAGUCCAACAGGAGCUGCGCUGACUGUAAAGCUCCUGGUCCUGACUGGGCAUCCAUCAAUCUCUGUGUUGUCAUUUGUAAGAAGUGUGCAGGACAACACAGAUCUUUAGGACCAAGAGAUUCCAAGGUCCGAAGUCUAAAAAUGGAUGCAAGCAUUUGGAGCAAUGAACUUAUUGAGCUCUUUAUUGUCAUUGGAAAUAAGAGGGCAAACAGUUUUUGGGCUGGAAAUCUUCCUCCAGAUGAAGAAUUGCAUAUUGAUGACCCUGCAGAAAAAAGGAUAACAUUCAUCACACAAAAAUACAAAGAGGGAAAAUUCAGGAAAACACCUUUCCACUACAAAACCAAGGAGCAGUUGAACAAGGCCCUGUGUGCUGCUGUAGUCAAGCAAGAUGUGCUGGAAACUCUGAUGUUGCUCUUCAGUGGGGCUGAUGCUAUGUGUGCCACUGGAGACCCUGUUAACAGCACCCCAUACUUAUUGGCCAAGAAAGCUGGACAAAGAUUGCAGAUGGAAUUCCUGUACCAUAAUAAGUUCUCAGAUUUCCCAAACUAUGAUCCUUGUUCUGAAAGUGGCUUCUCUGAAGAUUCUUCACAUUCCACCUUUCUUUGUGAAUUCUUGUACAAAGUUUCUUCUAAUGUGGCUAAGCUUCCUACAGAGAAGAAAUUAAAAGAAGAUUGCAACAAAAGAUGGUGCACUUUGGAAAGUGGCUUUCUGAGCUACUAUGAAAAUGAUAAAACUACCACUCCUAAUGGUAUGAUUGACAUCAGUGAAGUUAUCUGUCUUGUAGUACACAAGUCAAGCUUCUUUAUAAAUAGAGGGGACAUCUUUACAUUUGAAAUAUACUUACUGUCAGAACGUGUUUUUCUGUUUGGAGCUGAAACUGCACAUUCACAAAGAAAAUGGACUUCAGCAAUAGCUAAGCAUUUUGUUCCCCCAGUGGCUGAAUCCUUGUUAGAGCGAAACUGUGACCUUAUUGGGCAGCUGUACUACAAAGAUUGCCAUAACCUGGAUCAGUGGAGAAAAGGCUGGUUUGCUAUAGAGAAGUCGAGCCUUUAUUUUUGUCUUGAAAUGGAGGAUGCUGAAGAAGAUUCCAUAUAUCUAAGGAGGUUGCAAGAACUAACAACCAGCAGUGUGAUGCAAAAUGGAGAGAAAAUAGAUGUCCUGCUGCUUGUUGAAAAAGGAAGAACGCUAUACAUCCAUGGCCAUACAAAGCUGGAUUUCAUGGUCUGGUAUACUGCAAUUGAAAAAGCAGCAGGUACAGAUGGUAAUGCACUACAAGAUCAGCAGCUCAGCAAAAAUGAUGUCCCUAUUAUAGUGAACAGCUGCAUAGCGUUUGUUACACAGUAUGGUUUAGGUAGCAAGCAAAUUUAUCUUAAGAAUGGUGAUUCUUCCAAUGUGGCUGAACUGCUGGAAAGCUUCAAAAAAGAUGCAAGAAGUGUUAAACUAAGAGCAGGAAAACAUCAACUUGAAGAUGUGACGGAUGUACUGAAAAGUUUUCUUUCUCAAAUAGAUGAUGCACUUCUCACUAAAGAACUUUAUCCAUUCUGGAUCUCUGCAUUAGAUACACAGAAUGAAAAGGAACGUGUGAGGAAGUACAGAGCUUUUAUUCGGAGUCUUCCACCAGUCAAUAGAGCAACUUUGGCUGCUUUAAUUGAACAUCUUUACAGGGUGCAGAAAUGUUCUGAAAUUAACCAAAUGAACCCUCAGAAUUUAGCCGUGGUGUUUUCCUCAUGCUUAUUUCAAACUAAAGGCCAAACUAGUGAAGAAGUCAAUGUAAUUGAAGAUCUAAUUAAAAAUUAUGUGCAACUUUUUCAUAUAAAUGAAGACCAAGUCAAACAAAUGGACAUUGAGAACAGUUUUAUUACAAAAUGGAAAGACACUCAGGUUUCCCAGGCUGGAGAUUUGCUUAUUGAAGUUUAUGUGGAAAGAAAGGAGCCAGACUGCAGUAUUAUAAUCAGGGUAUCACCUUUGAUGGAAGCAGAGGAAUUAACUAAUGAUGUUUUAGGAAUCAAAAACAUUAUUCCCAGCAAAGAUGAUAUCUGGGCUGCUUUUGAAGUACUUGAAAAUGGAGAAUUAGAACGUCCUCUGCAUUAUACCGAGAAUGUACUAGAACAGGUUCUUCACUGGAGUUCACUACCAGAGCCUGGCACUGCAUAUCUAAUAAUAAAGAGGUUUCUAACAGCAGACAUGGUGAAUCUCUACAGUGAGAAAAAUGAGAAAGGUAGCGUGAAAGCAGGCAAUCUGAAGUACAAGGAAGAACCAUCAAAACUACUGUCAGGAAACAAAUUUCAAGACCGUUAUUUUGUGUUACAGGAAGGAAACUUGCUUCUGUAUAAGGAUAUGAAGGCUAGCAAACCUGAAAAAGUGUUGCCUGUCAGUUCUCUGAAGCUUUAUCUUGGAGUGAAAAAGAAAAUGAAGCCACCAACAAACUGGGGACUUGCAGUAUUUUCUGAAAAAUACCAGUGGUAUAUGUGUUGUGAUGGACAAGAUGUGCAGAUGGAGUGGAUGAUCAGCAUUUUUAUGGCACAGCAUGCAGAUAUAUGGCCACCUGCUGGGAAAGCAAGAAAACAAUCUAUAACUAAAAGUCCAAAGAUCAGAGGCUUACCGCUAAUUCCCAUUCAUCAGGAGAAGAACACUUGUAAAAUUAGAGAGAAUACAGAGAAUAUAGAACUACAAGCUGGAAAAUCAAGAUUUGGUGAACAUCAUGAUAAUGAACUUCUGGAAGAAAGAAAAAACUUGAAAGAAAAAGCAUCUAUUGUGGCACAAUGUUUGGAAAGAAAGGAGGAGAAAGGGCGAAAUCAUGCAAAAACACAUCGAAACUUGAUUUCUGAGGAUGAUGCAGGCUCGGGGAUGACUGAAUUACACCAAAUACCCCAUAAGACACUGAAGAAAAACAAAAACAAAACAAACAAAACUACUUUGGAACUAGAUAGUAAAUUGCCAUCAGAUGUGAUUCAGGAACUAAAUACAGUGCUGCAGAAGAACAGAGCACUUAAUGAAACCUCCAGCUGAUUUCCUGAACCUGAAGUGUAACACUUACAUGUAUAUUCUUGUGUUAUUAUGUAUAUUUGUAUAUGUUAUAUAUAGAUCUGUGUGUGUGUUUUCUGUUCAAAAGUAGUCUGUUUUGAUGUGUCUAGUUUGUACAGUGCAGAGGAAAUAAGGAAAUACAAUUUGUUUAUAUGCAGCUGUUGAUUUUGUAUAUGUGUAUACCCCAUGUUAUAAUUUACGACUGAAUUGGGAGAACUGAUUAUGUAAAACUCCUGAAGUUUGGAAGUUUUUCUGUGCAGUGCAAGGUCAUCAGGGUUUUGACUAUUUUGUUGUCGUUUGUUUCAGAUUUUGUUUGAUACAAACAUUGUAAGGACUGUCAAAAGCUUUUGCUGUUUGUACUCUGUACCACCUUGUAAAUACUAGAGAGAUAUUUUUAAAACACAAGAUAUACUCUGAAAUUCAUGCUAUUGGCCUGCAAUAUUUUAAAUUGUCUAACACUAUAAAAAUUGGUAACAUCUGAUUUGAAAUUGAUUUUUUGUUGUUUUUCUUGGUUUGGUUUUUUUUUAGUUCGUGGUUUUGUUUUUA